CGUAUCCGUGAAGAUGAAGAAGGUGAAGGAGCUGGAAGAACGGCUGGAUAGCAUGUCGAAGAAAUUGGCCAAGGAGGAAGGGUUGAAAGCAAAGAAUAAAGCUAAAAUAAAAGUGCUUGAGAAGAAACUGGAAAGAGAACAGUCCGUGCGUGAGGAGAUGGAGCGAAUGAAGCAAAAGAUUGAGACAGAGCUCGACGAGACCAAAGUUCAGGUAAGAGAGAUGAAACGGAAGCUGCAGGAGCAAAUGAAUCAACUUGAGGAGUGCCGGAAAAAGGAGGAGUUGGUGGCGGAGAUGCGGCUUACGCUGCAAGACAAGUCGAAAACCCUUGCCGAGCAGGAGGAGCUGAGGGCAAGGCAUGAAGCUCGCAGCAAGGAACUAGAGAAGGAUCUCCAGAGGGAGCAGACCGUAGAAGAGUUGCAGCAGAAGCUGUUGGAUGCUUUGGCUGAGGAGAGGAAAAAGGCAGUACUAUUUACGGAGCUUAAGACAGAGCAUGAAACAAGGUUUAUAGAAGUGGAGGAGCGACUCAAGAAGGAGCAGACGGUGCGCGAAGAGAUGGAGCGAAACCAGCGCAUAAUCGAGACGGAGUUCAGAGAAAGGAAAGCUCAGGAAGAGAUGCAACUGCAGUUGAACGCGAAGACGAACUUUUCCCGAGGAGAGAAGAAACGGUCCACUCUUUUCCGGCGGCUGACGGGGACUGUCUCCCGCAUUCACGAAGAAAACCUUCCACCACAUUCGCCUCGGAUGCCCAGAUGCCUCAUGCAACUUGAGAACGCCAAACAGAGCGAUCUACACGCCUUGUUGAACAAGUUGGACAAGAAAGAUCUUGUCGUAAUCCACAUCUAUUCUCACAAAAGUGUAAAGGAUGGGGGAGUGAGGACGAUGCAGAGGAGAGAUGUUGAGAAAAGGAGCGAAAAAGAUAUACUCCUGAAUGCAGAGUUGGAUGCGGACUGGACUGUUCACUUCUUUGGGAUAGAGAAGGGUUUAUAUUGGAUCAUGGCAAUGCCACAGAAAUGCCCACCUCUCAUUAUUGCGGCUCGAAAAGGACAUAACAUUAUUGUCCGACUACUUUUCGAGCUCCAGCACGAUUUGGAAGAAGAGGCCACGAUGGAGAUCGAGGGAAAGUCCAUAGAGGAUGCCAGCGCCUUAUUGUACGCAACUGAUGCAGGUCAUUUAGAUGUCGUGAAGACGUUGGUGAAAGCAGGUGCAGACGUGAAUCAUCCGACAAAAACUAAUUCUACACCUUUAAGGGUUGCCUGUUUCAAUGGCAAGUUGGACAUCGUCGAAUAUUUGGUUGAGCAAAAGGCCAAUGUUAAUCUUCCCACCAAAUUCAAUAGUACCUGCCUCAUGAUAAGUUCUUUUCGCGGACACCUGAAAAUUGUGCAGUAUCUUCUGGAACACGGCGCUGAUCCAAACUUCAAGGACAACAAUGGAAGGACAGCCCUCCACUUCGCUGCUCGAAGUGGACAUGUGGAGAUAGUGUCUGAGCUUAUAGCACAUGGAGCAAAGAUGACGCAUAAUAAGCACAUGAUGACACCCUUGCUCAUUGCGGCUGAGUAUAGCCAAGAGGCUGUCGUCCGCUACUUAAUCCAACAACUCGAGGUCGACAGAGAACGACGCACUGAGGCCCUAGAACUCCUUAGUGCCUCGUUUACCAAGUCCAAAGAUAACUACCAUCCCUCACUCUACAAUGCAUACCAUUAUCUCAGGAAAGCUAAGGAAGAGCCCCUGAAUGAUACCAGCAACCCUGUGGAAAGGCCCAACAUUGAGCCGCAUGGCUUCCACCAAGAAUCGAGAAAUCAGGAAAAGUUGGAGCAGAUCCAGUUUGAUGCAGAUGCAUUACACAUGGGGAUCAUGGUUUGAUUUGAUCGCCACGGAUACCGAUGGGAAUACACCAUUCACAAAUAACGAAUGAUUGGCAGAUACCACUACUGAUUUAUAUGAAAAUUUGUAAAUUUUUUCGGUUUCAUUACUCGCUUUGUAAAAUGGUUACGGUGAAAUUAUAAUUUGACACAAUUUCCUCCGGAAGAGCUCAC